UCUGCCCCCCUUUUCCCUUUGACUGCAGCGGUGAAAGCAGAGGGGUUAAUCAAGCGAGAGAAGCCCGUGAAUGUGCCAUAAAACUGUUUGUUAGAGCUAAGACACUCUUCCUCCAGCAGUCAGUUCAGCUCGCAGCUCUCCGGUGGUUUAGUCGAAGAUAAGAAGCCGUGUUAAAGGGGGAACCUGAGUAAGCUGAGCGCUACGGAGGGGUUUGUCGGCCCACUGCAGUCUGAAUCACCGGAGACUCGCCCCGCCGCUGGUUCAUCAUCGACGUUGUUUGCCCAUCGACGUGCGCAUCCUCUCGGAGGCAGAAAACAAGAAGGGACGAGACCCAAGUCCGCCUUUGACCCUCUGCCACAGCCCCAAGGUGUACUGUUUGGCAGAGCAUGCUAAAUAAUGAGCCAAAGGGACACACUGGUUCAUUUGUUCGCCGGAGGAUGUGGUGGCACAGUGGGCGCUAUUUUGACUUGUCCUCUGGAGGUUGUGAAGACCAGACUGCAGUCCUCUUCCAUCACUCUCUACAUCUCUGAAGUCCAGCUCAGCACUGUCAACGGAGCCGGUGUGGCCCGCGUCGCUCCACCAGGGCCUCUGCACUGUCUCAAGUUAAUUCUAGAGAGAGAGGGACCUCGGUCACUGUUCAGGGGACUGGGACCGAAUCUUGUGGGUGUGGCACCUUCCAGGGCAAUCUACUUUGCGGCCUAUUCAACAGCUAAGGAGAAGCUGAAUGGGGUGCUGGAGCCAGACUCUACCCAGGUGCACAUGGUGUCAGCUGGGAUGGCAGGGUUCACCGCCAUCACAGUCACCAAUCCCAUCUGGCUGAUCAAGACCCGUCUGCAGCUGGAAACCAGAAACCGGGGUGAGCGGCGAAUGAAUGCGUUUGAGUGCGUGCGGCGGGUGUACCAGAUGGACGGCCUGCGAGGUUUCUACAGGGGCAUGUCGGCCUCAUACGCUGGCAUCUCUGAGACUGUUAUCCAUUUUGUCAUCUAUGAGAGCAUCAAACGCAAACUGCAGGAGUCCAAGGCCCAGUCCAGCAUGGACGAAGAGGAGGAGUCUGUCAAAGAUGCCUCAGACUUUGUGGGCAUGAUGCUCGCAGCAGCCACCUCCAAGACCUGUGCCACCUCCAUCGCCUACCCUCAUGAGGUGAUCCGCACACGGCUACGAGAGGAAGGCAGCAAGUAUCGCUCUUUCUUCCAAACUCUGGUGACAGUACCCAGGGAGGAGGGAUACCGGGCGCUGUACCGCGGCCUAACAACCCACCUAGUCAGACAGAUCCCUAACACCGCCAUCAUGAUGUGCACCUAUGAAGUGGUGGUCUACCUGCUUGGCUGUUAGCCCGUCGGGUAUGUCUCCUACUUGUUAAAGAGAGAGACAGUUAGCAAAUGACUGAGAAUCUGGUCUUUUGGUGAGGAAGAGUGAGAACAAAAUGUCCGAUUUGAAGACCAAAGGAAAAGCAAAGGUACUGUACUGGCCCAGAAGAGGACAAAUGAACAAAAAAUGAAGAAAUAGGAAGAGUAAAGCCCUUUACCAUAUCAGCAUCAUCACCUCCAGUUCCCAAUAUCAGACUGCUGGAACAGAUAGAGGACACUACAGUUCACAGAAGAGGUAAUAUGGGUAGAACGAGAAAGGAGCCACAGACAGGAAAGGCACCUGUUAAACUAAGGUACCUCUGAAGGAAAAGAUUUUAAGCACAAUUCAGUGGCCUUAACACAAAAGGGUUUUAGUUUGCAUCCUUCUUUUCAAGUGAAGAGUGAAAUGAUGCCUUUUUCACUCUUGGAUAGAGAUGAUCUUGUGAAAGGGGAAUGCUUGGAGGCAACUAAUUUGAUUAGAAAUGUAGGUCAAUUUUAAUAAUCCAAGAAUCUCUACUUGAAACUAUUUGUAGUAGUCUGCACUUGCUUCAGUGCUGUGAGGCUACUGUAUGAUUAGAAAACUGGUAGUUAAGGAAUGUUCAGAUCAUGUCAGAAGGAAGUUGUCAUUUAAAACAAAGAGCGGUCUGUUUAAAAAAUCACUUGACUCACCCAUCUUUGCACUACAGAAAGCGUGGCUUCAAGCAUUCCCCUCUGAACAUGGCAGUCGACCCCCCUUGAAGGCCUGAAGGUCAUAGCAGUGAGUUAACUGGCCAAACACAAUGCCGAGCAUGUGAUGGCCUGUCACUCAAACACAUGCCUCAAAAACUAGCCUGUGUUUUAAAAAGAGUGGGUUGAAAAGCCGACUUUCAUUCAGCGUUUUAUUCCUGGCUAAUCAGUGCCUGGUGGUGACAUGCUUUGGCUGAAGUUGGCCUUUAGUGUUGACAGUUUCUUUUUUGUUAAAACUGAAAUGAGAUUGGUAUAGAAGGCCAGCUUCCGCCUGCACCCAAUCACUGCUUAGACUACGUAUCUACUAUUUGGAGUGCCACUACUUGAAUAUAAUGUGACGGUGUGGGAGAAUGUUGAAGGAGUUUCAUCAUCACACCAUAAUCUCUGUGAUCUCUGAACAUGUUGGUCACGUUCAGUAAAAUGAUUGAACUAUGUUCAAGAAUGUGAAUGUGUGUUUGUGCGUCUGCAGUCAUGUGUGCCUGCAUGUGUAAUUAAUAUAUACUCCACAUUUCCCUACACUAACUAUUGAUCUUACAAGACACUACCGUUGGGAGUGUGGAAAAGCUCCCGUGCGAUACUGUCUGCUUUCAUUCCCACUCUCAUGCCAGUCCUUUCAUCCAGUGGCUUCCAACUGACCUGAUAACAUGCACUUUUGUGGCCUUUUAUGGCUUGUGCUUUGCAUUUUAUUGUGUGGACAGUUUGUAUAUUGUAAAAGGAAAAAAAAAAUAUUAUUGUAUAUCAAAAUGGUAUUUUGCGCAACUGUUCUUAUAGCAGAUACUGUAUAUUGUACAGUUUAGAGUUUUCAGUAGUUGUGAAAAAUGUCCAAAUGUGUGUAUAUAAUAUAGACUGUAAAUGCAUAUCAUCUCUUGUUUUUUUUUUUUCUGAGGCCCAUGUGUUGAUCAUGCUGUAGUUUGCAUUUGCAAAUAAUUUUUGUGCAAUUUAACCUUGUUUUUACAUAAACUGUUGACAUGAAUAUUGAUAUUGAACAUCUGUACUUGCGUAAAAGCUGACAAAUGCUGCAGGACAAAUAACUUUCAUACAAACAUUUGUGCUAGUGCGUCGGUUAGUCAUUUCACAGCGUUCAUCAAAAGUGUUCCAUUUUGUAAAGUUUGAAUGUUUCGGUCAUUUGUAAUGUUUACAUUGUUCCUUACUUUCUGUGAGAUUAAUUUUGGUUCUCCUAGCAACAUGUUUUGAAUAUCAAUAUCUAACUGAGAGUUCAUGAGCUGGAAUGAGUAGUGCGUACCACAGCGAGUUGGGACUGUUGAAAAGCUGAAUUUGAGAGAUCCAGAAAUUGAAGAGACAGUAAAUGUUCUCGUUUAAGCAAUCCAUUCAAAAAGUUAUUUUCAUACAUAAGGAAAUGUUAUCCAAGGACCUUAUCAAAAUUUCCUAUAAAUACUUUUAUAUUGUUAAUUAUCAAAACAUGACUUUUUAAACUUCUGUUGAGCAGAGAUAAGCCUCUCUACACCUCUUCUAUGACCUAGUCGCUGUGGUCUCAGUUCACAAUAGUUUCAAAUGGAAAUGAUAAAGUCUGCACAUUUCCCUUUUUUUUUUUUUCUCUCUUUUCUUUUUUUAAAGUAAUGUGUUCAACCAAGGCCCGUGUUGUAACUUGUGAUAGUUAUUGAUUUUCUCCAUUGACAUGUUGCUAGCCCAUAGUUGCUGUCGGUGCUUGAAAGAAAUAUGCUGACCCAUUUUAACGUCCAAGUUUUCUUGCAAAACACUAAUAACAUAUGUCUUGUCCUCCAUUGUAGUAAUACUUGAGGUCAAAUUACCAAAAUGUGACACGAACACACAACUGGACAAGCAGUGCAAAUAAUUCAUUUUAUUUUUUACCUCUCAUUUCAGUUUCUGUAAUUCAAAUUCACUUUGUAUUACCUGUAUGCUUGGACAAGAUAGAGCUUCAAGCAGGGUUGAAUGAACAUUGUGUUGUUUUUUUUUUUGUUGUUUUUUGCCAGCUCAAUUGUUGAUGUGUUUUUUUUCUUAUUUGUUUUUUAAACACAAAAUAAACAAAAAUCCACUUGCAACUAAAA